AUGAAGAACUACAAUUCAUAUAAUUCACGAAAUAAAAAUAAACAUGAGGACAUAAAUUAUAAUAAUAGCUAUAACUAUUCCAACAACUAUUAUUAUGGAAAUAAUAAUUCCAAUUACAAAAAAAAAAUUAAUAAUAAAUAUUGGAAAGGUGCAUAUGGUAAUGAUUAUUUAAAAAACGAAAACAGAUAUAAUAAUAAAAAUAGCGAUUUAAACCAAUAUAAAAAACACGACAAUAAUAAUAAUAAUAAUAAUACCACUAAAACCCCCAAUAAUAUUAACCCUAAAAAUAAUGAUAACAAAUAUGAUAGUUUAAGCUCAAUCGAUAAAAUUAAAGAUAAUAGUAUUUAUGAAGACGUUGACAAAAUAAAUAAUAUUACCUUUGGAUAUAAUGAUAAUUCAGAAGGUGAUUUUUCUUAUAUUAUGAAUAAUAAUUUGAUUGAAAAUGAAAAAAAAUUAUUUAAAUUAAACAAUAAUAUAGAUAGUGGUAAAAAUAUGAACAAUUCAGAAUUUUUAAUGCAACAAGAAUGUGACUUGAUAAAUAAUAACAAUUUAAAUUCUAUAAAAAGAGAAAGUGGAAUGGAUUUAUAUUUAAGACAGGCUCAUGAAAAUAAUAUUUAUGAGAAAGAAAACCAUAUUAUAAAAGAAGAUAAGCUCAGAAAUAAUUCCCAAAAUUAUAAUAAUGACAAUAGUAGAGAUAUUGAAAGGAAUAAAAAUUUUAACGUAGCUUCAUCGUAUAAUGAAAAAGAGGAUAUUUUUCAGUUUCAUAAUGUAUCUAAUUUAACAAAAUUUAUAAAUAAAAAUAUUUUUUAUUCUAAUGAUAAUGAGGAAUUAAGUGAUGAACAUUCAUUUGAUAAUGCCGACCCUUUCAAUUUUAUGCAAAAAGAUGAUAUGAAUAAUAAAAAAAAUAUUAGUGAGUCAAAUAGCCAUUUCAAUAAUUUCAGUAAUAAACUUUUUGGUGAGAAUAAAUUUAUCGAAAAAAGUUACAACAAAAAAAACAUUUCACAAAAUCAAGAAGAAAAUAUAAUAUUUGCACACAAGCAUUUCGAAAGUGAAGAUGAUGAAAAAAUUGAUCGUUUUUCUGAAAAUAAAUAUGAUGAUUAUGAUAAUGAAGAAAAUUAUAAAAAUUUAGACUAUUUUAAUAUUUUAAAAAAAAAAAAUAUGAAUAUUUUAGUUAAUGAUAAUAUACCAUUUGAUGAAAAUAUAUCUGAAGAUUCGCAUGUUUUAAGAAAUAAUAUUCAUAAUGAUAAUUUUUCUCAUAAUAAUAUAAAUAAAUUUAAUUCUAGUAAUAUUAAUGAAUUAAUGGAUUUACAAAAUAGUGAAAAUGAUGAGAAUUUGAAAUUUUUAAAUAAGUUUAGAAAUACCCUUACUAGUCUUAACAACAUUAAUGAUAUUGUAAAUGAUGAUAAUGAUGAUGAUACUGAUGAUAAUAAUCGAAGAAACCAUGAAGAUACAUCAUACAUUAUGAACGAUAUGAGCAAUGUAAUGGCUUCUUGUUACCCAGAUGAUAACAUAAACAUUCAUACACAUUUAUUAAGAGCGUCAAAUAAAGGCGAAAAAAUAAACGACAAUUUUAUGAUAAGUAAUAAUAAUAUUAAUAGCAAUAUUAAUAGUAAUAGCAAUAUUAAUAAUAGUAGCAAUAAACAUGGUAUCGAUAUUUAUAAUUUAAACGAACGAAAAUAUAUGAACAUUAAUAAAUAUGAUAAUGAUAAUGAUAAUAAUUUGGCAAAUCUUAAAGAGAGAUAUAAUGAUAAAAAAAAUAUAGAUUUAGAGCACGUAAAAUUUAAUAAAGAUAUAUUAAGUAAUGAACAUAUAUUAAAUGUUGAAGAAUAUUUAAAUAAAAGUAAUAUAGAUAAUGAAAAUUAUUAUUUAAAUAUAAAUGAUAGAUUAAAUAAUUUUAAAGAUGAUUUAUUAUACUUUCAAGAAAAUAAUAAUGAAAUAAAAAUGAAUCCAUUAGCUAGUAGACAAAUUCGUAAUAAAAAUGAGACACAAUUUAGUGAACCCGUAAAUAAUAUAAACGUUUUAAAUAUCCUAAAUGAAUAUUAUUUAAGAAAUAAUUCAAGCGAUAUUAAUAAUAACAGUUUUGAUGAUAAGAUUAGUUCGUUUUUUGAUAUGAAUAAUAAUGUUCGUAAUGGGCAAUAUUACAACGAUAAUAAUAAUAAUCAUCAAGAUUUAAAACGAAUUAAUCUUAAUAAUAAUGAUAAUAUGAAACAUCGCUAUUUUGAUACUAAUGAUAGAAAUAAUAAUAUUUGUGAUGAUUCUAGAAUUCGAACAAAUUUAUAUUCUGGGGAAAUGUAUCGAACUAGCCAAUCAGGUAAUGAAGAUUUAUAUAAUAUUGAACAAAUACGUGAAGAGUAUAUGUACAAAAAUAAAAAACUAAAUAAAAUGAGCAAUAUGAACAAUAUGAAUAGUAUGAGCAAUAUGAACCAUAUGAAUAGUAUGAACAAUAUGAACGAAAUAAAUAUGAAUAUGGAUAAAAAUUAUUAUAACAAAAAUUAUAUGAAUGGUAAUAAUAAUGGUGUUAAAAAAAUAAUUAAAAAUUAUGAAAAACAUCCAAAUGAUUACUAUUACCAUCAUCAUAAUAGUUAUGAUAGUAAUAGUUAUGAUUAUGAUGAAUUUGGAAGAAAUCGAAUGGAUAUACAUAAUUAUGGAAUAGUUCGAAAAAAAGCAAGUAAAGAAAUGUUCAUAAAAAAUGAACAUGUUAAUAAUUCUAACUAUGAUAAUGGAAUGGGAUAUAAUAAUAACAGAGGAUAUAGACAUUUUAAAAAUUCAAUAAAUAGUAUGGAAUAUCAUAAUCAACAAAAUAAUGAAAAAUACAUUAUGAACAUUGAAAAUUGUAUUAAUAAAUUAAAGAAACAAAAUAUGCUUAAAUUUACAUCAUUUUUAAGAGAAUAUUAUAAAGAUAUAAAUAUAAAUGAUUUGAGUGAAAAUCUGUAUAAUUAUUAUCGAUUUAUUAAUCAAAUAAAUGGAAAUAUUAAGAAUACCAAUUAUAGAGUAAAAUAUCAAAAUUUAAUGCAAAAAAGUGAUAAGGACAAAUUGUUAAGAAUACAAUUAUCUUAUAUGAUAAUAAAUCCAUCGAUUCAAAAAAAUAGUGGAAAAUGGAAUUUUAAAAAUGAUGAAAAGGGGAAAGAAAAGGAUAGAGGAAUAGAAAAUAAUUUGGCUAGUGACAAUAAUAAUGACAAUAAUAAUGACAAUAGCAAUAGCAAUAAUAAGCUGAAGCAAAUCGGCAAAAUGGAAAAUAACAAUUAUCAAAUUUUUGAUGAUUUAAAUAAAAAUUAUAAUUUUGCUGAAUUUUUGAAAAAUGAUAAUAUUAGUCCAAAUGAUAUUAGCAAUAAAUUUUUAGAGGAUAAUGAUAAUAACUUGAAUAAUUUAAAAAAAUUGUUAAAUAAUUCUUUAAUUUUUGAAAAUUUGCAAAAAAAAAUAUAUAUGGAUAAUGAUGAGAAUUUAGAAACAGAUAAUAAAAAUAUCAUGGAUACAAAUUUGUAUAACCUACUUAAUUAUUCGAUCAUCUCUGAUAAUAAAAGAAAAGAAAAUGAGAUGUAUGAACAAAAUGAUAAUAAAGAUAAAAAUGAUGAUGGAAAUGCAAAAUUGGAAAAUAUAUUAGAUGAUACAUUAUGCCUUAAAACUAUGGAUAGUUCUAAUGCAAAACCAGAUGAUAAAGAUAUGACAAAAUAUGAUAAUAUAAAAAAAUUAGGACGAUAUGUUUUUGCAACAGUACAUGAACCUAGAAAUUUAAUAACAUUAAUUAAAAAUAAACAAGUUGAAAACUAUGAUGAAAUUGUAACAAAAAUUAAAAAUAUAAUAAAAAAUGCAGUAGAUCAUAUUACUGAUGAAUGUGAUCCUAUUUCUACUAGUAGCAAUAAUAAUAUUAUAAAAUAUGGACAAAAUAAAAUUAAAGAUUCCGAAAAUAUAUCAAUUAAUUCUGGUGAUAAUUUCACAAAAAAUACAUUAAUAAAAAAAAUGCUUGAAGUAUUAUGGGAUAUAUAUAUAGAUAUAAAAAAUUUAUAUAAAGACAUUGAUAAAUGUCCAUAUACUCAUAUUGAAACAAUAUCUAAAUAUAAUGAAGAUAUAAAAAAAAAAAAAAAUACUCUUUUUAAUAUAAUUUAUUUAAACGAAUUUAAAGAUAAUAAUGUAGAAACACUAAAUUAUUUUGUUGAAUGUAAUAACAUAUUUUUAAAUAAGAGUAUAAAUAAUAUAGAUAUUAUUUUAAAUAAGCAAUUAUAUUUAUAUUUAACAAAUGUGUUAUAUAAUACUGUUCAAAAAGUAUAUUUGUAUGUUUAUAUAUAUCCUGAUAUUGAAAAUUUAAUUAAAAAUUUAAAAUUUGACAAAGACGUUUUACCAAAUUAUGUUAUUGAUGUUAUAAGUGGAUCAAAAGAAAACAAAACUGAUGAUAGUAACAAAAUAGUUAAAAAUGAAAAACAAAAAAUGAAUAAAAAUAAAAUUGGUACAAAUUUAAAUGAUGAAAUAAAUGGAAAUAAUAUAAAAAACAUUUUUAGCUAUAAAUUUGGAUAUGAAAAUAAUAUAGCCAAAAUGGAUAAUUUUAAAUUAUUUGGAAAAACUAUAAAAUUUUGUGAUAUGUAUGAAUAUUAUAAUUUUGAAAAAUAUAAUGAAUAUGAUACAUUUUCUAGUACAAUAAAUGAAAAAAAGAAACAAAAAAAAAGUUCCUUUUUUUUCAAAGGGAAUAAAAAAAGUCUAAAUCCUCAAAAUGAAGAAAAUAGAGAAAAAAACAAUCAUGUACACAAAGAAAUUAAAAAAGAAGAAAUUGAUCACGAAAAAAUAAAUACUGAAGUUUGUAAAAUUAAAAGUGUAUAUUAUUUAUUUGUUAAUAGUAUGUUAAAAAAUAAAGGAGCAUCUAUUUAUACUAAAAUAUUUAAAAUUAUAAAAAAAAAAAAAAAAAAAACAUUAAUAUAUACACUAUUUAACAAUUAUUUAUUGUUAUAUUAUAUAUUAGCACAUGCUGAUAUAUGCUUUAAUAGCAAAAUUGAAUAUGAAGAAUUUUUAAAAGUGCAAAUAUUACAUAUUAACCCAAAUGUAAAUACAUUGGAUAAAUAUCUAAAAAAUGAAAAAAAACAAAAUAAAUCUCAUAUAAAAAAUAAUAAUAUAACAGAAAAAAAUGAUAAAAUGGAUAUUAGAUAUAAAUUAUAUAAUAGUAGCAUAUACUCUUCUAUCUAUAUAUAUUUAAUUGAUGUUUCAGUCUCAUAUUUAUUUACCCCCAAUAUGGGAGUGGCAUAUAUUCAAAAUAUUUUGUCUCUCUUUUUAUUUUACAAUUACAUUAAUUUUUACAUAACUAAGAUGUUGUUUUAUAAGAGUGGAGCUGGACUUAUAACAAUAUUACUAGUCAAAACAAUUCCUUAUGCCAAAGAAUUUGAUGAAAAUCUUAUGAUAUGCUUUCUGUACUCAGUUUUGCAUAGCAUAUUUUACAUUUUAAGUAAUAUAUUUAUUUAUCAUAUGGAUAAUGAGAAAAAAAAUCAUAAAGGAUCCGAAUCAGAGCUACAUUCAAAAAUAUUAGCAUCCAUGUCAAAUGAAAUUGAUUUUUAUAAAAUUCUUUAUAAAAGUGUGUGUAGUUAUUCUCACCAAAACAAGUUUUAUGAAGAUGAAAUAAACCGAAUGAUAAAAAAUAUCGAAACGGAUGAAAUUGCAAAAAUCAUAAUGACACACAUUCAAAAAUAA